CAAAACAUUGCCGACAAAAACAAACCCCACGCUUUGUCGACAACAAAACAAACUCCCUUUAACUUCAUCUCUCUCUCUCUCUCUCACUACAGCUUUAAUUGAACCCCCUAAAAGUCCAAUUCCUCUCUCUCUAUAUCUUCACCAAACAAACUUACACACAAACUACAAUCUUGAACUUGUUCUUGCCAAAAUUUCUUUGUAAAAGCUAGAGCUUUUUGGUGAAUUCUUGUGGUACUUUUUCUGGGUUUUUGAUGAACUAAAUAACCCAGGAAGGAAUUUCUGAAUCUUUAUCUUGUUGGUGAGUUCUUGCCAAAUUUGUCCUUUUUGGGACUAUUGCUCUGUUUUUGCUCUGUUUUCUGCCUGAUGAAUUGGUCAUUUCUUGCAAAGUUUGUCCUUUUUUGCAAAAUUUAGCUCUGUUUUUACUCUGUUUUCUGCUUGGUGAAUUGGUGAUUUGUUGCAAAGUUUGUUUUUUUUUGGAAUUUUUUGCUCUUUUUAACUCUAAUUUCUGUCUUGUAAAUGUAAAUGGGGCCUGGAGUUUGUUAGUCCAAUUGAAGUAAUUGCAUUUUUUUGGCUUAGCUUCUAUAGUUUGGGUUUGAAAUGGUUCUGAAUUCAGACUCAUUUUCUUGUUUGACCUGUUCUUAAUCUUGUAGUGCACAUUUCUCUUUGUUCUUUCAUUCAGUUUUAUUGGGAAAUUUUGAAUCUUUUUUUCAAGAAUCUUUAUUGGGAAAUCUUGAGUCUUGAUUUCAAGAAAUUACCAAAGCUUUUUUUUUACUACUUUUUGGCCUUUUUUUGUGUGUAAAUUUGUGACAAUGUUACAAGAUGAUGGUUCAUCAUCAGUGACCUCAUCAUCACCUCUUCAAAACUUUCCAAUGACGUCACUUUCACCUAGUUUGAAUUCACCAUACCAUUGGCUCAAGGAGCUGAAAUCUGAGGAAAGAGGUUUAUAUCUAAUUCACCUUUUGCUCACUUGUGCUAACCAUGUGGCUGCUGGCAAUCUUGAGAAUGCUAACAUUGCACUUGACCAAAUCUCCCAAUUAGCUUCUCCUAAAGGAGAUACAAUGCAGCGAAUCGCCUCGUAUUUCGCUGAGGCGCUUGCUGAUAGGAUUCUGAGAUCUUGGCCUGGUAUUUAUAAGGCCUUGCAUUCGACUAAGCUAUCGAUCGUAUCAGAAGAUAUACUGGUCAAGAAAAUGUUUUUUGAGUAUUUUCCGUUCUUGAAAGUAGCUUCUUUGAUCACAAAUCAAGCGAUCAUCGAAGCUAUGGAAGGAGAAAAAAUGGUUCAUAUUGUUGAUCUCAAUGCUUCUGAACCCCUUCAGUGGCGUGCGCUGCUUCAGGAUUUGAGAGCGCGCCCUGAAGGACCGCCCCAUUUGCGGAUUACGGGGGUUCAUCAGCAAAAGGAAGUGUUAGAGCAAAUAGCACAUGUUCUAACAGAAGAAGCUGAAAAGUUGGAUAUCCCUUUUCAGUUCCAUCAGGUAGUUAGCAAAUUGGAAAAUCUUGAUGUUGAAAAACUACGAGUUAAAACCGGGGAGGCGUUGGCGAUUAGUUCAGUUAUGCAGUUGCACACUCUUCUUGCACAUGAUGAUGAACCCCAAAAGAAAUCCCCUUUGGGUUUCAAGCAUUUGAAUGGCCUUCACUUGCAAAGGGCAUUACUCAACCAAAAUACUUUAGGGGACUUGCUCGAAAAGGAAACAACUAAUGUUUUUAGUCCGGGAAAUGAAUCAGCAUCUUCAUCUCCGCUAUCUCCAACUGCCCCAGCAAAGAUUGACGGAUUCCUCUACGCGUUGUGGGGUUUGUCUCCAAAGGUCAUGGUGGUCACAGAACAAGACUCGAACCACAAUGGAACGACCCUUAUGGAAAGGCUAUCUGAGUCAUUGUAUUUUUACGCUGCAUUAUUCGAUUGUCUUGAGUUCACACUACAGAGAACAUCGUUAGAGCGAUUAAAGGUCGAGAAAAUGUUAUUCGGCGAGGAGAUCAAGAAUAUCGUAGCGUGUGAGGGAGUCGAGCGGAAGGAAAGGCACGAAAAACUGGAUAAGUGGUUUCAAAGAUUCGAUGGAGCCAGUUUCAGGAAUGUGCCUCUGAGUUAUUAUGCAAUGUUGCAGGCAAGGAGAUUGUUGCAGAGUUACAGUUGUGAAGGAUACAAGAUUAAAGAAGAGAAUGGUUGCGUGGUGAUUUGCUGGCAAGAUCGCGUUCUUUUCUCAGUAUCUGCUUGGAGAUGUAGGAGGUGAGAUUUAGACCAAGUAUUACAAUCAAAGGGAACUUAAAUAGUUUCCUCUUCUCUUCUCUUUUGCCAUGCACUUUGUAGGAAGGAACUUUUGUGUAGUGAAACUUGUCAUGGAAAUUGUAAUCUUUCUAUUAGUCUUGUUGUUGCCCUCUUUCUUUGUAUACAGUUCAUAAUUUUGUGAAUGCACUUUGUAUACAUUCUGAUUGUCCA